GAAACACUUGUAAGAUAAUUAUCAGUUGUGUCAUUAAGAAUUUUCAUCAAUGUAUAUUAACUAUUAGGUGAAAGACUGUUGAAACAGAAUUUCCGUACACUCUCAGAGAGGCUCCCCCUGUAUUAUUUUGUUGAUUACAGAGGGGGAGAAACCUGGCAGAUAACCCCUUAACCAGAUAAUCAAACUUAAUAUCACCAAUGAUGGAACAAUGGGAUAUCAUGUGCCUUCCACUGUGAUGCACUAAGGGGACAACAUCACAUGUGUAGUAUUCUUGACCCAAAAUGUUUAACCUAAAUCGAAUUAUGAGAAAUCGUAUAAAUCCAAAUUAAGGAUAUUCUGAAAAACCCCUGACUUGUACUCUUCAAAAAUAUCAAUGUCAUGAAAGACAAAAAACGCUGAGGAACUCCUCAAUACUAAGGGAGAUUAAUCUAAAAGACGUAACUAAAUGUGAAUCUUAACUGGAUCCUGGAUCCCCCCCUCUCCAACGUGAAAGAAAAAAAAAAAACAGCCCAAAACUAUAAAACUUAAAUAUGCACUGCAUAUUAAAUAGUACUGUAUCUAUUAAAUAGUACUGUAUCUAAUGUUAAGUAUCUGAGUGGAUUAUUGUACUGUGGUUAAGUUAGGAGAAUGUCCUUGUUAAGAUCCAGAUGCUGAAAGAUUUAGGGGUGGAAUGUCACAGUAUCUGCAAUGCUCAGGCAAACUGUAUAAGGACUAAAAUUGUGUACUUGGUUGAAGGAUUCUGUAUCGACAUCUAGUCAACACUGUCCACACACUGGGCAGAACAAGCCAAGUUUUCCCCUGGAUAGUUGAAGAGAAGCACACAGCUGGACGGACACUCACCUCCCUGCGUGCCACGUGGAGCCCUGAGAGUUCUACGAUGGCCACACCCCAAUGGCGAGUGAAGACGAGGCUGCGGUCUCACCUUUGUUAGAGGAACGAACACACACACACACACACACACGAGCACGCACGCUCUGCAUCCUUUCUGGCAGCGCUGCUUACGGAUGAUGGCGAGGCUACACCUUCCAUCUCCAAACGCAACGAAAGCUCGUUAAGUGCUUGUCAGAUACACUUUACGGCCGUCACGUGAAGGCGGAAGGGCGUGGCCACACCUCCUGCACUUAAAGGCACGUGCGACAGAGGCAUGCGCUGUGUGGAGCACUUUAUGGCAGCCACGCGAAGGCGCGAGGACAGCGGCCGAUGCUGCGUGGGGCGGGGUCUGCGUCCACGUCUUUGGAGGCUGGCUGUUAUUCCGUUGGUGCUCCCACCGCUCGGCGAUCAUGGCGACGGUGGCAGCGCUGUGGCGGAGAGCGAGGGACUACAUGAAGACCAAGGAGUUCCGGGAAUACCUGACCAGCGUGCACUUCUGGGGUCCUGUGGCCAACUGGGGCCUGCCGCUGGCCGCCUUUAAGGAUAUGAGGGCACCGCCCGACAUCAUCAGUGGCCGCAUGACGACGGCGCUCAUCUUCUACUCGAUGGCCUUCAUGCGUUUCGCCUAUCGCGUACAGCCUCGAAACUUGCUGCUGUUGGCGUGCCACACCACCAACGUCAUGGCGCAGAGUGUGCAGGCGGGCCGCUUCGUAAUCCACCACUACGGCGGCACCGCCACCACCACCGCUGCCACCACCACCACCAACGACCCCACCAUGGUUCCCACCAGCGACCGUGUGUGUGCUAGCGACUUUGAGGAUGACAACUCCUGCUAGGCAGCCCCCAGCUCCAACCCGUCGUCCUCCAAACCUGGCUGAGCGGGCCCGAUUGAGUUUUUGCAGCUUGCAAGCACUGAACUGUUACUCUUCCUGAAGAAAAGG